AUGGACAGCCGAUUUAAUACACUUGAAACGGCAAUAGCCAAGAUCACCGAUCUAUUGAAUAAUAACAGUAGCAGCAACAACUUUUCAGAGAACAACAUUUCAGAGAGCAAUACAUCCAACCACCACAAAUCUGCACUUCAUGCCAAUGUUUUCGACGAGUUAAAAUCCACAUCGAAGCACAUUGAUCUUCCGUGUUUUGAUGGAACCGAUCCUAUUGGAUGGAUUGCGCGUGCUGAGCAAUUUUUUCUUGUACACCACACGAAGGAAAACUUCAAAGAAGAACUCGUUGACCAAUUCGGCGGGGACUUAGCAGCAAGUCCCAGCGAACGCUUGGCUGCCUUACACCAAACAGGAUCUCUGGAUGAUUACGCCAAUGAAUUUCGAGCGAGAGCAGCCCAAGUCCCAGGCCUGGAUUCACAACUUCAGCUAGGGUUUUUCUUAAAUGGACUCAAGGAAGAAAUAAGGGUCCGCUUGCGCCCAUAUGAUGUGCUCGAUCUACGAACGGCCAUGAAAGUUGCUCGGUCUGUUGAACGAGAAUUGGAUUUCUUAAAUUCCAAAUCUGGAAGAUUUACUACUGGGUAUGGUUUAGGCUUCCAACCGAGGCCCAUUAAUCCUUCUCGUUUUGAACCACCAAAACUAAACAGCACCUUAACAACCGGCCAAAAUAAGAAUUCUGCAGCCCAAUACAAGCCCAAUGAUCACUUCAAACUACUUCCAGGCGGCACAGGUUCCUCCUCUUCACAACUAUCGCGACACAACACAACACAGAAAAGUAGAGUGGCACGCCAAUACUCCCAUCAAGAAUAUUUGGACAUGCGUGCGAAGGGGUUGUGUUUUCGCUGCAAACAACCUUACAGCCCGAUGCAUGAUUGCCCUCAAAAAUCAUUACGCGCUCUCAUCGCAGCAGAAGACGAGAUCACUGAUAUCAUCUCCGACUUCGGACUAGAAGAAUCCCCACAACAUCAAGCAGAAACCAGUGAAGCUCAGCUCCAUUUUCUAGAUCUACCUUUGACGGCGAUAGGUGGAAUAGAUGGACCACGGACAAUGAAAUUUUCAGGUCAUGUGUACGGUGAACCAGUGACUAUUAUGGUAGAUAGUGGGGCAAGCCACAACUUCAUCUCAUCCAAACUUGCUCAGAAAAUUCCCCAACCAAUAGAGCAGACAGUCCGCUUUGGGGUUCGCUUAGGAGAUGGCAGUCGAGCAACUUCAACAGGGAAGUAUAGCAAUUUACCAAUUCAACUUCAAUCAAUCACGAUGUCAUUAGAUUGCUAUAUAUUUCCUCUUGGAGGUAUUGACAUCAUUCUCGGCGUGGCAUGGCUCCAAACAUUAGGCGAUAUCAAAGCGAACUGGACAAAAAUGAGUAUUAAAUUUUUGCGGGAUAAUGAAGAGAUUUGUCUGUUAGGGGACCCAUCAUUGUCACGUGCCCCUAUCUCUUUGAGCUCAUUGCAACAGAUGGACGAUGACAUCGAUUACUGCCUCUUGCUCUGGCAGAUUACAUCAUCAACAAAAACGCAUUUUUCAACAGAGACUUCGGCCCUCAAUUCCUCAAGCGCUCAGGUCCAGGAAUUGGAACUAAUAUUGGAGCAAUACGGCACAAUUUUUGAUGAACCCCAAGGACUUCCCCCUGAAAGGAGACAUGAUCAUCGCAUCACCCUAAAAUCGGGAACCGCACCAGUAAAUGUGAAGCCCUACCGAUAUAGCCAUCAUCAAAAGGAUGAAAUUGAACGCCUGGAUUUGGCAGCCAUUUCUGUUCCCACAUGGAUUGACUGGGACAAACUUGAUUCAGCCGUCCUCGAGGAUGUGGAGUUACGGGCAAUCAUCGAGAAACUUCGACUGAAUCCAAAUAGCCAGCCACCAUAUCAGCUCGUUCAUGGAAGAUUAUUUUACAAAGGCCGAAUUGUCAUUCCUGCUACUUCACCAUGGGUGCAACAACUCUUGGACGAGUUUCAUUCCACCCCAACAGGAGGCCACUCAGGUGCGUACCGUACAUAUCGGCGAUUGGCAGCUAGCAUUUAUUGGCGAGGCAUGAUGAAACAGGUACAAAAAUAUGUUGCUGACUGCUUAAUUUGCCAAAGGAAUAAGUAUGAAACGUUAUCACCAGCUGGAUUGCUCAACCCGCUCCCUAUUCCUAAUAACAUCUGGGAAUAUAUAUCGAUGGACUUCAUCACAGGUUUACCGCGAUCUAAUGGGUUUGAUUGCAUUUGGGUAGUAGUCGAUCGACUUAGCAAAUAUGCACAUUUCAUUGGUCUUCGACAUCCUUUCACUGCACGAACCUUAGCCGAAUUAUUUGCUAAAGAAAUUGUGCGUCUACACGGAGUCCCACGAUCCAUCGUCAGUGAUCGAGACCCAAUUUUCUUGAGCAAUUUCUGGACUGAAUUUUUUACUAAAAUGGGAACCAAACUUCGCAUGAGCACAGCCUACCACCCGCAAACUGACGGACAGUCUGAAGUAACAAAUCGUUGCGUGGAGCAAUACCUGAGAUGUUUCACUUCAGAACAACCCAAGCAAUGGGGUCGUUGGUUGCAUUGGGCUGAAUAUUGGUUUAAUAGCAGCUUUCAUUCGGCGGCAGGCCGAACUCCGUUUGAAUAUGUGUAUGGCAGGCCACCACCCACUUUGCAUCAGUUUAUGCCGGGGGAAUUCAAGGUUGCAGCCGUUGCGGAGGAGCAUAAUGAUAGGGCAGAAUUGAUCAAGCAGCUGCACUUUAACCUCACUAAAGCGCAACAACGGAUGAUUAACACUGCCAAUCGGAAGAGACGACCCUUAGAAUUUGAUGAGGGAGAUCAAGUUCUUUUGAAACUUCGGCCCCAUCGCCAGACCUCUAUGGUAAAUCGAGUCAAUCAGAAGCUGGCUGCAAGGUAUUAUGGCCCAUAUCGCAUUCUUCGAAAGUUGAGCCCCGUGGUUUACAAGUUAGAAUUACCUGAUGGAGCACGUAUACACCCAGUUUUCCACAUCUCCCAGCUUAAGAAACUUAACGGGCAACAUGACGUCACCAAGGAUUUACCUGAAGCCUUGGCAGUAGAAGAAACAAGUUACACCCCACAAGACAUACUGGAUGCUCGAAAGCAGCUCGACAGGGAGCAGGUCUUAGUUCAGUGGGAAGGUCGGCCGGCGGAGGAAGCAACUUGGGUUGAUCUUUCGGAUUUUAUGGGGCAGUUUCCGAACUGCAGCCUUGUGGACAAGGCCAAUUCUUUAGGGGGUGACAAUGAUAGAAAAGGAGCAUGUCAUGGGCAAAAAUCAUGGAUUGUUUAUAGUCGCAGGCCAAAUCCAAGGAACCAAUCAGAUUUAAAAUGA